AAGCUUCAGAGUGUGAAGGAGAGGAUUGCGAGGGUGAACUCUGAGGGGGUAUCUGCCUCUCUGGUGGCCAUUUUAGCAAAGUUUGAACGUUUCGAUCCGUAUGUUUAAAUCUCGAUUGCAGGAAGUCUUAUUGUGAUCUGUCUACAGACCUGAGCUCUGACCCAGGUGAGGCUGGGCUGGUGCAUGAAUAGGAUAGAUGGUGGGAAAUAGUUUAUUCCAAUUCUAAUUAAUUAAAAGAAAAUGGUGGGGUAUUUGAUGACAGUAUUGUACGCAAACAAUCUCCAUGCGGCGGACUUACACCAGAACAAGCCCAUUUAAUUUCUCUGAGAGAGUUUUUGCAUGGAUCUGCGGAGGCUCAUGUGAAACAUUUUUUCGAACAUCAAUUCGACAUCUUGAAUGCGUAUUUCACUUGGCACAACCCUCCUUUCCUGCCCAAAACUUGUUAACAGAGAUCUUCUUCUCAGAGAAUCUGCAUCCAGGAAGCAAUGGCAAGAUGUUCUUCUUCAUUACCACAAGAUAAAAAGAGCUGCUCUGCCACCACACCCAGAUAUCGUCCCUCCCAUCUUCAAAGCCUGUGCAAUCCUUCAGUCCGUAAAAGAGGGGAUCUCGAUUCAUGCCGAUGUGAUCAAAAUGGGCUUCGAGUCCUACACUUCCAUCAGCAAUACCAUCAUGAGCUUUUACAUCAAAUGCGGCAUGACGAAUUCGGCGAUGAGUCUCUUCGACGACAUGAUGAACAAAGAUUCGGUUUCGUGGAAUGUGAUUAUCCAUGGGUUUCUGAGUCAGGGUGAUUUCGAAGCUGGAUUGAGUUUGUUUAAUCGAGCAAAAGUUUCAAACUUUGAACCAAAUGUGUCCACAUUGGUGCUUGUAACUCAGGCUUGUUGGAAACUGGACGCUAUUGAACAAGGUUGGAAUGUUCAUGGGAUUGUUGUAAAGAAUGGGUUUUCGAAUGAUGUUGCAGUCCAGAACUCGAUGCUUUGUAUGUAUGCGAAGUGUCGAGAUUUGGAGUGUGCAAGGAGGUUGUUUGAUGAAAUGACUGAAAGAGAUGUGAUUUCUUGGAGUGCAUUGAUCAGUGGUUAUGCACAGAGUGGGGAACCUGCAGGUGCGCUGCAGCUGUUUCAAGAGAUGUCUAAUGAGGGUACUGUUGAUAUCGAUGGGCUUGCUGUGCUUAGUGUUCUUCAAGCUUGUGGUGGUGUUGGGGAUAUCAAGCAGGGGAGGUCCAUCCAUGGUCAUUUGAUUUGUAGAGGUUUCGAAGCUGACCUAUUUGUAGGGAAUUCUCUUGUUGAUAUGUAUUCAAAGUGCCAUGAUAUGGAUUCUGCCACUAUGGCCUUCAACUUGAUGCCUCAGAAAAAUACUGUGUCAUGGAAUAGCAUUUUAGCUGGAUUUGUUCAUAAUGAAAAAUAUAUGCAAGCAUGGUUACUGUUUGAUUCAAUGAGAAGGACUGGGUUUGAGAGUGAUGAGGUGACUCUGGUGACACUGUUGCAGUUAUGCAAGAAACUUGGUUGGGCAUUCUGGUGCAAAUGCAUCCAUGCCAUGGUCAUCAGGAGACAGUUUGCAUCAAAUGAAUUGCUAUUGAAUUAUUUAUUAGAUGCUUAUGCUAAGUGUGAUCUCAUGGAACUUGCAUUGAAGUUGUUCAGACGAAUGAAGAAGCUUAAUGUCAUAUCAUGGAGUGUGAUAAUGGCAGGCUUGGCACACUGUGGCAAGCCUGAUGAAGCAGUUGCCUUCUUCAGUGAGAUGCAGCUGGCAGGAGAAAAGCCCAAUUCAGUAACCAUCCUGAGUCUUUUUGAAGCUUGUGCAGUUUCAGCAGAACUGAAGCUUUCGAAAUGUGCUCAUGGUGUGGCAAUCAGGAACCGUUUAGUAGAUGUCUUGGUGGUUGAUACCAGUCUUCUUGACAUGUAUGCAAAGUGUGGGGACUUGAAUGCCUCAAAAAAGGUGUUUCAGAGGAUGCCUGUGAGAAGUGUGUCAUCAUGGAAUGCAAUGAUAGGGGCACUGGGAAUGAAUGGUCGUGCCUGUGAAGCCGUUGCUACUCUUCAUGAGAUGGAAUCAGACAAUGUGAAGCCUAAUGGAGUUACCAUGCUUGCAGUGUUAUCAGCAUGCAGUCAUGGUGGUUUAGUGGAGGAGGGCUUCUCUUGUUUCCAGCGGAUGUUGCGAGAUCCAUUACUCCAGCCAAGCUUGGAGCACUACUCGUGUGUGGUUGACAUGUUGGGAAGAGCUGGAGAUCUCGAAGGUGCAUUGGAGGUAAUCAAGAGUAUUCCAGAUGGACUUGAAGCUGGUCCUGCUGCGUGGGGUGCUCUGCUAAGUGCUUGCAGAAGCCAUGGGAAUUAUGAGCUUGGGCGAUGGGCAGCCUCUCAGGUCCUUGAGUUGGAGCCUUUUAAUUCAGCAGGAUAUCUGCUGGCUUCAAGCAUGUAUGCAAAGGGUGGGUCCAUCAAUCACUCAGCAAAGAUAAGAUCAUUGAUGAAGGAGAAAGGAGUGAGGAUUAUGAGUGGUUACAGCAUGCUUCAUAUAGGCCAAAAGGCUCACAAGUUUGUGUCCUGGGAUGGGUCUCACCCUCAGUCUAAAGAGAUUUAUUCCAUGGUUGAGCUUCUCCACAGUCAUCUGAAGUGGACUGAGAAGCAUGAUUGCCUAAUUACAUAGAAGAAUUUUUGUCAUUCAUCAUUUAUUUUUAUUUUUUUGGUUAAAAAUUUUGCUGGUGGUAGACACUGGUCGUGGCCUGGUAAUUCCUUUUGGGCCAAAGAACUGUAAAUUGGAGUUGGAGAGCUUUGUCAUGAAGUGCUGCAUUCAAUGUUAGUCAGGUACCAACCA